GUAAUCCACCUUGACGCUCUUAUUCGUGCUGCACAUUUGAUUCCGGUUUAUGGAAAUGACUUCCGGGUGCCGACGAAGUGGAAACAUACUGACUCUCUUGACGCAUUUUCCAUGUUCUAUGUUAAUAAAUUUGUGGACCAUCAUGCUCAUGAGAUUGUAUUUUGA